GACCGGAAGUAAGCUGACAGUUUCUACGCACGGGAGUGUGUGUGUGUGUGAGAUCAGACUGUUAUCUCUCUCCCGGAGUGUUUGUUGUUCCUGUGUGUGUGUGUGAGCGGACAGUGAAGAUGCCGGGAGCGGAUAAAGAGACCGAUCUGUCUGAGCGCAUCGAGGCGUUCCUGGCCGAGCUGAAGCGCAGCGGAAGCGGUUCCGGGUCAGCGCGCGGCUCGGCGGAGACAGCGCGCGACACCGCGGCAUUACUGCGAAGGAUCACCGCGCAGGCCCGCUGGAGCAGCGCCGGUGACCUAAUGGAGAUCAUACGUAAGGAAGGCAGGAGAAUGACAGCCGCUCAGCCCUCAGAGACCACGGUUGGAAACAUGAUCCGCAGAGUGCUCAAGAUCAUCCGAGAGGAAUAUGCCAGGUUUUGUGGCAGCAGUGAAGAAGCCGAUCAGCAGGAGUCCCUGCACAAGCUGCUGACGUCCGGCGGCUCGAGUGAAGAAAACUUCAGGACUCACUUCAGCUCACUUAAAGCAAACGUCAUCGAGGCCAUCAACGAGCUGCUGACUGAGCUUGAGGGCACCACAGAUAACAUCGCCAUGCAGGCUCUGGAGCACAUCCACUCCAACGAGGUGAUCAUGACCAUCGGCCGCUCACGCACAGUCGAGGCCUUUCUCAAGGACGCGGCUCGCAAGCGCAAGUUCCACGUCAUCGUGGCAGAGUGUGCGCCAUUCUGUCAGGGUCAUGAGAUGGCCACCAGUCUGUCGAGAGACGGCAUCGAGACCACCGUCAUUCCAGACGCCGCCAUCUUUGCUGUCAUGUCUCGAGUCAACAAGGUGAUCAUCGGAACGCAGACAGUCCUGGCGAACGGAGGACUGCGGGCAGUAAACGGCACACACACCCUCGCGCUGGCCGCCAAACACCACUCCACUCCGCUCAUCGUGUGCGCCGCCAUGUUUAAACUCUCACCUCAGUUUCCAAACGAAGAGGACACGUUCCACAAGUUCGUCUCUCCGCACGAGGUUCUUCCCUUCACCGAAGGUGAGAUCCUGUCGAAGGUGAACGCCCACUGCCCCGUGUUUGACUACGUUCCCCCGGAGCUCAUCACGCUGUUCAUCUCCAACAUUGGUGGUAACGCCCCGUCCUACAUCUACCGCCUGAUGAGCGAGCUGUACCACCCCGAGGACCACGAGCUCUGAAUAAAACCGCACACAUCAAACACA